AUGGAAGCAAAGAAAAUAGUGGAGCCUCAAAAUCCGUGUCCUCCAAAUGCGGAAAUACCGUUUAAAGGCCACGUUUGUGGAAUAUGCCAGAAAUGGUUUCAAAGAUCAAGUGAUCUUCGUAAACAUGGAAGUGUACAUUCCAAUGAAAAACCUAUUUCUUGUGAUCAUUGCAACAUGAAAUUUGCAUCUAAAGAUAGAUUAUACAAACAUCGUAAAUAUUCCUCCCUAGAAAAGGUUUUUCAAUGUGAGUUUUGCCCAAUGAGCUUUAAAAUGUUUUCUAAUCUUAAACUUCAUAUGAUUACUCACACUGACGAGAGACCUUAUAAGUGUGAAAUGUGUAAUAAGAAUUUUCGUCGUAAGGGUGGGCUUGAAUAUCAUUAUAGCUGUCAAUCAUAUCUAGCUCACCAUAAAAAAUUUGAUGAAUUUAAACAAUUUGAAUAUUUAAUCGAGAAAUAUAAAUCUAGAAAUGGUGAUGAUGGUGCUGUGCAUAUUUGUACAGUCUGUAAAAAGGAAUUUAAGUCAGCAAGAUGCCUCGAACGCCAUUCUGUUGUUCAUGCUCAGAAGUGGUUUGAAUGUGACAUAUGUGGAAUACAUUCUAAAAGAAAAGAAUACAUAUCUAAGCAUAAACGCACAGUCCACUCUACUAGUAAAGAGCUUUUUCCUUGUGAUAUUUGCAAGAAAAAAUUUUCUACCAAAUAUUCUGUCAAGAUACAUAAAGCUGCUAUCCACGAAGAAUACAGGUCAUUUCAAUGUGACAUUUGUCCUCGAUCUUUUCUUAACAAAUCUACAUUAGUUGCACAUAUGGCUGUCCACAGUGGAUUGAAAAAAUUUGCUUGUACUAUGUGUGACAAAAAGUAUGCAACAUUGUCUAACUUAAAGUAUCACAUAAGAGGGCACACGGGGGAAAAACCUUAUAUGUGUGAAGGUUGUAAUACACGUUUUAAAUCAGGGGAAAUGCUAAAACGUCACUCUAAAAGGUGUGAAAAAAUUAAAGCUAUUUUACUUACAGAACACAAUACAGAUAGCAAAAUGGGACUUGAAUUGUCCGAAAAUCAAAACACAGAUUGCAAAAUAAAAAUAGUCAAAGUGCCUGAAAAAAAUAUAGCCGAAGAAACUGUGGAUCAAGCAACAUAUAAAAGUCUCGAAGCACCAAAAAAUGCACUUAGUAAAAGGGAUAAAGUUUUUUCAUCUCAAAAUAUAAAGUUUAUAAAAGUUCAGAAUACAGCAGAACUGGACAUAUUGAGAUUAACAAGAUUAUUUCAGAGAUACAGGUGUCUUUCAAAUGUUUAUUCCAAGUAA